AUGGGUGUACAAGAGUGGACAGUAAAGGAGGCGUACUAUCCUUCAAAAUGUGGUCUGGGGGAAGGUCCUUACUACACUGAAGAGCGUCAUGAGCUUCGGUACAUGGAUAUCAACAACAAGAAAAUCUUCAUCAUUGAUCUGGCCAAAGGUCCCGAUUCGAUCCGGAUCAUCGACACCAAGAUGCCCAUUGGCGUAACGGCAAAUAUCGAAGGCGUUGAUUCCUCGGAAAUCAUCCUAGCCGGGGCGAAGGACGGCGUGACCAAAUUCAAUCUCAAAACUGGAGAGCAUGAUUAUGUGGCCAAAUAUUGGAGCGGACCAAUGGCACCGGACCAGACAAGAAGAAUGCGAUCGAAUGAUGGCGCCGUCGACGCUCAAGGUCGAUUCUGGGUUGAAGCAUUUGUUGAUCCCAAAGUGUCUGAACUGACCCCAGAAGGCGUCUUGUUUCGACUUGAUCAUGAUGGAACACUACGCACCAUGCACGAGAGCAUGAUAAUCCCGAACGGCAUCACCUGGAAUGAAGAUGACAAUACCAUGUUCUUUACCGAGUCUAUCUCACAGAACGUGUAUGCGUGUGAUUACGACUCCCAAACCGGAGAUAUCUCCAACCUGAGAGUCUUCUUCCAUCUGAGCGAAGAAGGAAUACAUCCCGACGGGCAGGCCAUGGAUGUUGAGGGGAACAUCUGGCAAGCUUGCUACGGUGGUUCCAAAGUGAUUCGAAUAUCCCCUCAGGGUGAGAUAACUGGGAUUAUUCACCUUCCAACACGUAAUAUCACUUGCCCUACCUUCGCUGGCACCCAAUUAUUCAUCACUAGCGCCGAGGAAUCUGAGCCUGACCAGUAUCCUGAGUCGGCCCAAUUUGCUGGAAAUUUGUUCAGAGUGGAUGUCGGAAUCAGGGGCAUGCCGAGGUACCGGGCUCGCUUGAUUUAG